CGUCUGCGUCCUCUUAGCGCAGUGAUGAUGCUCUAGAAGACUCACGUCCCUACUAAAUGUAGUCAUCCAUAGGAGCGAGCAGAAUCAGUCUGAAUGUAGAGAAUUCAUUUUAAGUGAGUGGCUUCGAAUUGUAUGGCGUUUCUUCCAUCACCUCCAAUGGCCGUGGCGGUUUGCGUUAAGCUCGUUGUUCUGUUGGGGCUGCUGUUCGGACUCGCUCAGUCAACUCGGUUAUACACUGAGGAGGAUCCAGUGGUUAUACUGAGCAGCGACAGCCUAAAGCAGACCGUGUUGAACUCCUCCAGCGCCUGGCUGCUUCAGUUCUACUCGUCGUGGUGCGGACACUGUAUCCAGUACUCGCCGACAUGGAAAGCGCUGGCCGGAGACGUGAAGGACUGGGCACAGGCCAUUCAGAUAGGAGUUGUGGAUUGUGCUCAUGAGAAGAACUUCGACGUCUGUAAGGAGUUUGGAAUCCACUUCUACCCCACCUUCAGGGGCUUCAUUUCUAGACAUAAAUGGAGUUUUCUAUUUAGAGACACUGAGUUUGUCAUCUGUUACAGGUCUGCGGAGAUUCUUUCCUUAAUGGGGAAGAAAACGGAGUUCUAUACUGCAGUUAUAGUUGAGGAUGAAGACUCUUAUAUUGGAAGAGAGGUAAUUUUGGACCUAAUGCCAUAUGAGGGUUUGGCAGUGAAGAGAGCUCUGAGCUCAGACAAACUUCUAAUGGAGAAACUAGGGAUAAGUUCAGUUCCCUCAGCGUACCUCUUCUAUCCCAACAGCACGCACACUGUCAUGAAUGUUCAGAAGAGGCUACGCUUUUUCUUCUCUUCCUUCCUAAAACUCCUCCCUGGAGUACACAGGAAACGGUCCACCUCGUCCCUGCAGCAUCCUCAGCCUGGGAAUAAUGGACAGGGAACCCAGGUGGAGUGGAAAGAGUUUGAAAAGUCUAAGGUAUACAUGGCAGAUCUGGAAUCUGGCUUGCAUUAUCUACUGAGGGUUGAACUGGCCACCCACAAGACCUUAGAAGGAGAAGAACUAAAAACUUUCAAGGACUUUGUAACAGUUGUCGCCAAGCUAUUUCCAGGUCAUCAAUCAGUAGUGAAACUUCUCGAGACAUUGCUAGAAUGGCUAGUCAGUUUACCUUUGGAGAAGAUCCCCUACGAUGCUAUCCUGGAUUUAGUUAACAACAAGAUGAGGAUCUCAGGGCUGUACCUGAACUGUAGUGUAGGAAGAAAGGGAAAAAGGGAAAACUUUCUAAACAUGCUAGCAGACGUUACCCUCAUAGCUGAUUGCACUCGUUAUGCAGGUUCAAUGAGCGAGGACUCCAUGUUUCCUAAGACUCAAUGGCCGACUCCUGAUCUCUGUCCCACAUGCCAUGAGGAGCAAGAAGGCCUACAUGUCUGGAACGAACAGAUGGUGCUCGCUUUCCUCAGACAACACUAUGGUGCCUCAAACAUCUCCCCAAAAUACUCCAGCAACAGCCAACCAGAGCCAGGCCCUCCUGCUCCCGACAAACCCAAAGCCAUAACCAAACCUAACAGCAACCUUCACCUCAACCAGAACCUAAAGCCAUCUCCUGACAGCGCUCCUAAACAUCAGAAGAGGAGUGACACCAAUGGUGCAGGACAGAAGCUCACCGGCAUCCAGAUAGAAGCCAGGCCAGGGAUGACGAUCCUGGGCCUGGGAUUCUCCAGAGUGGACAUGAGUCUCUGUGUGUUCCUCUAUGCCCUCUCCUGUGUCUUCCUCAUGUUCAUGUUUUUCUUCUUCCGCUUUCGCUCAAAGAGAUGGAAACCCAGAAACUACCGGCCUUACGUAUAGCAGCGGAAUACUGCGAUGGAAAAACUGUGGAUAAGGUGAAUGUAAUAUAUGAAACCCCUGCCAAGUGUUGAAGGAGACUUUUAAUUUAUUUAAUUACUUUUAUUUGUUUUGAUCUUGUUGUUGUUGACGUUUUUGUGAAGUGUUUUGUAAUGAAGAACUUGUCUAAUGACUGAUAAAAGUUUUAACUCGUGUAUCAGGCCUAGUGUGAACAAGCACCUGUUAGCGAGGAUUUCUCAACCCUAAACAAACAGAGAGGAUGAUUUAACAGGAGAAGCUAUUUUGCUAUAGUAAAAUUAACAACCUAGGUCAAAGUAUGUUUUUAUGAAUAUUCUACAUUAUUUAUAGAGAUUUUUAUUGAAAUAAUAUAUCCUAAGUUUCUCACAGGGUAUAUAUCGCUCUCUAUGAAAGUCACUCUGUCCCCAUAUUUCUGUUUGAUGGUCCAAAAAACACUUGGGAAUAUGAUUUAUUCUGUCACUUAAGGUCACUAGCCGAGAAGCCAGUGACACGAAGCACUGCCUGUCAAUGACCAGAUGUGGAAAAACCCUUGGUUUUGUCUGCAUGUGAAGUCACAAAAAGCGCUACAGUUAAUUUUAAGCUUAAUUUCUGUCUUUUUAUUAUUUUUACCUUUUAAAUCUUGUCAAAAUGCUUCAUAAUUGGUUUUAUUGAUGCACCUCAGCAGUAAGGGAUUUAUAAUUACUACAAUAAUCUCUUCCAAAAAAUAAAAAU